UGCUUUAGAUUCGUAUAAGGACGCGAGCUUCGCAGUUGUUUUGCUUCACGUGUUAUGUUCCUGUUGUGGUGGUUUUAUGAACUUGAAAAUUUAUUUAAUUUUUAAUUUUGAUCAUUGAAAAUGCAAAAUAUGUCGAAGUUUUGGAUUAUUUUCUGCGGCGUGUUUACAUUGACCCAAGAUGCUUAUUCGAUUAGCAUCAAGAUGCACUACUGCACCCAAUCCGAACAGCAUUGCGUACUGCCCUCCGAAUGUCCCAAUUCAACAUCUCUUAUUACCAGUAAACAAGCUGAACUAUGUGGUUUCCAUGAUGAAAUUAAUGAAAACCAGAGGAUAUGCUGCAAUUCGACAAAAAAUAUCGUCAAGACCGAGAAACCCGAAUUAGUAGUAACUUCAGAAUCAACGCUCGUUCCCAAUGUUCCUCUCCAUAAGGAGGCCCAGGAAGAGAAACGUACUGUUCAAGAUGGACUGCUGAGUUUCGGAAUCAAACUGAAUUCCAUUUUAUUGGAAAAUAAUGGUGGAAACAAAAAUAUUCUGUUUUCUCCAUACAACCUUUAUACACAAUUAGCUCUAGUUCAUCUGGGUAGCAAUGGAACUACACGUGAUACAAUAUCCAAUGUUUUGAACAUUCCCAUCACUUUUUCACCAAAAAGUUUACAAGAAGUACUGAAGGACUUCUCAACAGCGUUGCAAACGAAUACGAGUUUGACUUAUACAGCAUUUCAAAAUUGGAGAUUUGUAAAAUUAACUGUAAAACCAUCUGAUUUGAAAUUGGCCAAUGGAAUUUUCGUUCAAAAUGAAUACCGCAGCAAGCUGAAGAAAAAAUACGUCGAAGAUGUCCAAUUAUACCAGCAGAGUGAUAUUUUCAAUGUUGAUUUCGCCAGCAAGGGAGAAGAAGCGAAAGAUACGAUUAAUAAGUACAUCGGUAAUAAAACUGAAAACAAGAUACCUCGAUUACUCGAACAACCUCUGGCAAAAGACAGCUUAGUGGUCUUUACUAGUUGCUUGUAUUUUAAAUCAGCCUGGCAAGAUAAAUUCAAUCGUGAUCUGACUAAAGCGGAAACGUUCCGAACAGACAAAGGCAAUAUUACAGUACAAAUGAUGCACAGUUCAUUUAUGACAGGAUAUGUCGACGAACCAUCCCUAGGCGUACAAGUUGUCCAGUUAAGAUAUAUCGAUAAUGCAUUUUCCAUGUUUAUAGGGCUGCCUGAUGAAAAUCAAUCCCUAAAAAAUGUUUUACGAAGGUUGACCUCCGAUCAGAUCCGCACAAUAAUUGGUGAAGCAGUUCGAAGCACUCAUGAUUACACGGUAGAUUUAAAAUUGCCUCAAACGGCUUUCAAAUGGUCUCAAUCUGUCAAAAACGAGCUUAUCAAACUCGGACUCAAGAAAGAAAUUUGGGAGUCGCCUGAUUUGAGCAAUAUGAUCGACCAGAGUAAUAUGACAAUUAGUGAUAUUGGUCACGGUACUGAUAUUACAAUUAACGAAGAAGGCACCGAAGCUAGUGCCGUUUCGAACCUGAAAUUCAUGUACGCAAAAAUGAAGAUCGUAAAGACAUUCCAUGUGAAUAGACCUUUUUUCUUUUUCAUUUAUAAUCAUAAUAUUCACACGAUCAUGUUCUUUGGUACAGUGUUUGAUCCGAAUAGUACUAAAUAGCACUUCUUUGAAAAAGGCAUAGUAAAUGUAGGUUCCUGAUAAUUUUUUUUGAAAUAUUUGUCGUAUUGGUGUGAUUAUUAAUUACAUUAUUUUUUAAAAUAAUUUGGUUUUUUAAGAUGUAACUAGGUACCUAUCUAACCAUCGUUUCAAUAAAGUGAAUAAUUUUA